AUGAGCAACAUCCCAGACGCUGAUCCUGACGAACCCGUCGAAACCAAGCCCUUCAAGUUCGUCACUGGCUACGAUGCCCGCUUCCCCAAUCAAAACCAAACAAAGCACUGCUGGCAAAACUACGUCGACUACCAUAAGUGUAUCAUAGCCAAGGGCGAGGACUUCCGCCCAUGCAGACAGUUCUACCUCGCCUACAGAUCACUCUGCCCGAAGGGUUGGACCGAUAGAUGGGAUGACCAGCGCGAAGCCGGCAACUUCCCCGCUCGUCUCGAUCGGUAG